AUGACAACCGUUAAACCGACCACGCUACAAACAGAUCUGGAUUACAGUCUCCAAUUAAACAGAUGGUUGUUAAAACCAAUAGGCGUUUGGCCUAAAUCAUCAACCACCACAAAAACGGAAAAAGUUAUUUCACUAAUUUUGAACGUAAUUUGUUAUUCCUUCAUCACGAUCACCGUAGUUCCUUGCAUACUGCACCUGGUGCUUGAAGAUGAUGAUAUUCGCACGAAGCUGAUACUUUUCGGUCCAUUGUGCCACUGGGUCUUUGGAUGUAUCGAUUACACAACGUUGUUGAUGUACAGUAAAGAAAUAAACUGGUGCGUGGAGCAGAUGAAGAGCGAUUGGCAUGCUGUUACCAGAGCGGAGGUGCAAAAAGUGAUGCUAAAAAACGCGAAAAUUGGUCGUUACGUGGCCGCCUUUUGCGCGACAUUCAUGCAUGCUGCCAUUGUCUUCUAUAAUAUAGUACAAACACUUACUACAGAGAUUAUUCAAGUUGGAAACGAAACCAGGAUCGUACGUAUGCUACCAUGUGUGGCUUACAAAAAGCUGAUACCAGUCGAUACCAAUCCCACGAACGAGAUCAUCUUCGUCGUGCAAUUAAUUUCUGGUUUCAUCGUCACCUCUGGUCUCGUUGGUGCUUUAAGCUUAGCUACCGCAUUUACGGCUCACGUUUACGGUCAAUUGAAUAUUCUGAUGAUGUGGAUCUCGGAGUUUGUGAAUCAAUCGAGACAUCAUGAUAAGUGCGCUGAUUUGAAUGGUAUACGUGCCAUCGUGGAGAAACAUCUUACAAUUUUUAGUUUUAUAUCACAUAUCGACACUAUAAUAAAUGGAAUAUGCUUCAUGGAACUGCUUAGAGUUACAUUUAGCGCAUGCCUGCUUGGAUACUACAUUCUUGUGGAAUGGGCCAAUCAAGAUUUUCAAAACAUGAUUAGUUAUGCGCUUGUACUUGGUUCCUAUUCUUUUCAUAUUUUUACGCUGUGUUUUAUCGGUGAAACAAUAACAGAACAGUGUAAUAAAGUUGGCGAGGCAGUUUAUAUGUCGAAUUGGUACUAUCUACCUGAAAGAGAUAUUCUCGAUCUAAUGCUAAUCUUGUCAAGGUCCUACGUGACAACUAAAAUCACUGCUGGAAAAAUAAUUCACAUGUCAUUCUAUGCGUUUGCUAGUGUGAUGAAAACCGCUUUUGCCUAUUUAAAUAUAUUGCUCCAAAUGUUGUGA